AUGCAGGCAGCCCCCUCAGGCAGCUCCCACCUGUUUGCAGAUGAGGACUCAGGUGCCAUAAGAGGGCCCCAGCCUGUGCCUGGCCCCUUCUGGAGGGGAAAUGCCAGAGAUGCAUCUGCAGGGGUCAGGUUCGUGUCCAGGGAGCACCACCGAGUGCCUNUGAAGAUAAUCACCUUCACCAAGAACAACCAGUUCCAGGCACUGCUCCAGUACGCGGACCCUGUGAGUGCCCAGCACGCCAAGCUGUCGCUGGAUGGGCAGAAUAUCUACAAUGCCUGCUGCACACUGCGCAUCGACUUCUCCAAGCUCACCAGCCUCAAUGUCAAGUACAACAACGAUAAGAGCCGAGACUAUACACGCCCCGACCUGCCCUCGGGUGACAGCCAGCCCUCGCUGGACCAGACCAUGGCUGCCGCCUUUGGUGCGCCUGGUAUAAUGUCAGCCUCUCCGUAUGCAGGAGCUGGUUUCCCUCCCACGUUUGCCAUCCCUCAAGCUGCAGGUCUGUCAGUUCCAAAUGUGCAUGGGGCUCUGGCCCCCCUGGCUAUCCCCUCAGCGGCGGCGGCUGCUGCAGCAGGCCGGAUUGCCAUCCCUGGCCUGGCAGGCGCAGGCAACUCUGUCCUCUUGGUCAGCAACCUCAGCCCCGAGAGAGUCACACCCCAAAGCCUCUUUAUUCUUUUCGGCGUGUAUGGGGAUGUGCAGCGGGUGAAGAUCCUGUUCAACAAGAAGGAGAACGCCCUGGUGCAGAUGGCAGACGGGAGCCAGGCCCAGCUGGCCAUGAGCCACCUCAACGGGCACAAACUGCAUGGGAAGCCUGUGCGCAUCACGCUGUCCAAGCACCAGAAUGUACAGCUGCCCCGUGAGGGCCAGGAGGACCAGGGCCUCACCAAGGACUAUGGCAACUCGCCACUGCACCGUUUCAAGAAGCCUGGCUCCAAGAACUUCCAGAAUAUUUUCCCGCCCUCAGCCACCCUGCACCUGUCCAAUAUCCCGCCCUCCGUGUCAGAGGAUGACCUCAAGGCGCUCUUUUCCAGCAAUGGCGGGAUCGUGAAGGGAUUCAAGUUCUUCCAGAAGGACCGCAAGAUGGCGCUGAUCCAGAUGGGCUCCGUGGAGGAGGCCAUCCAGGCCCUCAUCGACCUGCACAACCAUGACCUGGGCGAGAACCACCACCUGCGUGUGUCCUUCUCCAAGUCCACCAUCUAGGCUGGGACCUCCCGCCGGGCCGGCCACACUUCCGUCAUUCCAGAAGAAAGCCACUUUAAAGCAGCUGAAGUGACCUUAAAAGACCAGAGAUUUUAUUUUUUUAAAGAGAAAUCAGUUUACCUGUUUUUAAAAAAAUUAAAUGGAAUUCACCUUGCUCACCUUGGGGAGUCGGGUGCCGGCCCCUGGGCUCUCGGCGGCGGCACGUGGACAGUGCGCCAGCUCCCCGCCCCGGCCCUCCCAGUGCCUUCUGCGGCCUCCGUGGGUCGGGCGCUCCCAAACCUCACUCGGCUCUCCCGUGCCUUAAGCCUGCUGCUCCAGCAGGGCCUUCUUGGGUAGCAAAAGCGUGGGGGUUUGGGGGAGCAGGCCCUCCCGUGGGGUCCUGUGGCGGGAGGCUGUGCGGCAGGUCCGGCCCACACCCCCACCCACUCAAUUAAGCGUGUGAUUCCCCCACCCCAGGCAAGCCCGGGGCGCCCCAUUGGCUUCAGCUUUGGAGCUCUGGUUCACCAUAGUCUCUGUAUCAGCUUCAAUGCAGACAUCUGUGCCUAGCGAUAUUUCCAGUGACCAAAUAUUCUAAUCUUUUUUUCAUUUAUAUGCAAAAGAAAUAGUUUUGAGUAACUUUUUAUAUAGCAAGAUAAAGAUGGUCUGAGUAACAUACGCCUCCUCUGUGUGACCUCGCAUACUGUACUCCUUUUACCCGAGCCGCAGGGCAGACGUGAUGAGCCGGGGCCCAGGCCUCGGCCACCCAUCUGAGACCCCCGGAUGCCUUACCCUGACCACCCUCCACCCAGGAGUACAAGCGCUCCUAAACUUCCAGGGUUGCUUUCUUUCUGCAAGUUUUGGACCAAAGUUCUGUUUCUGUUUUUUGUCUGCCUCUGAUGCUGGGACCCCAGAAGGGGGGUCUCCUACACGUCCUGUGCUCGGGUCCCGUGCUGGCUGGCCUCUCCCUGGGGUCUGGACCCCCAAAUUUCCAUUAUUGGGGUGGAACAAGGGUGUAAAUAUUUAUAAUUUUUUAUACCUGUUGUAAGACGUGAGGGGCAGCAAACACGGUUUUUUAUGGGACACAGAUGUAUAUUUUGAUAACAGCAAUUACAGGCUCAGUAUUGUAUUGCGGGGCCCAGCACAUCCCUGCCGCCUGACGGCUUAUAAUGUGGAGAGAACCGAAUUAAAAAGCGAUUUUACCACAGU